AUGUUAGCGAACACCCCCAAGCACCUAGCGCGGCGAUAUUACCAGUUCAAGACUGGCCACGCACCAAUUGGGGCCUAUUUGCACCGAAUUAAGGCCCGAGACUUCCCUAAUUGCUUGGGGUGCUCUAAGGGGACUGAGACGGUAAGACAUCUUCUUAUAAACUGUCGACAGUGGUGCCACCAGUGGGAAAAACUAUAUGCCGGCUUGGCCGAAGCGGGGGUAAAGGCCCUGCAGGAUAGCGAGCAGUGCCCCGAAGCACGCCUAUUCCAGGACCCAAAGGCCACUACAGCGCUGCUGGCGUUUAUAGGGGCCAUUAGGGAGCGAGAGGAUAACCAACAGGCCUGGGAGCAGGCCUAUAAGACUGAUAAUUGGGGCAUUGAGGCCCUGGAUGAGGGAGAGCGAGAGGGGGAAGGAUAG